UGAUCGAACUAACAAAUUGAAAUGCAUAAUUAAUAAUGGGAAUAGGGACACAUGGAAAGGACCUCGUGCGCUGGCAUUAAUUCUGUGACGUCCCGACAACGUGUCGCAAAUACGACAACAUUACGAAAACAUGAGCAGUCAUGGCGAGCUGAGGGGCAAUCCGGGCCGCACAUCGAAUAUAUUUCAAAUACGAAUCGACAGUGUUGACGAUGAGAGCCCCGCGCCCAUAACGGAGGCCAAUUCGCGUGAGGAUCUGAUUGGCAGUGCAGCGCGCGAGAGCGAGAUAGCAGCUGAGCAGUCGGUGUUUCAAUUUCCAAGAUUCCUUUCAGUGCCCACUCUACGCAAUUCGCAUCACAGCUCUUCUUUAAGCCCUUCCCGGCGACAAGUCGUCUCGAGUCCGGCCAAAAGUGAACGCAUGAUACGCAGCAAGCAGACCAAGAUACGCCCCAGAAGACUUAGCCAGGACAGCGGAAUAGUGGCCGGCCGUUUGGUUGGUUAUGCUGAGAGCCCUUUGAUUGAAUUGGAUUUGCAAUCGCCACCAGUGGAAGCCAGCACCACUGCCACUGAUAAUAUUUACAGCUUUCUGGAGGCAGAGCGACAAGCGGCCAGCCAUAGUCCAAUGCCAGCGGGUAAUCCCCUUACGCCCAAACCCACUUUGGAGCAGAACUCCAGCUCGGCAGCGUACACGGAGAAAUGGCUAAACUCCUCGAUGGUGCGCGGUAGCAACGGCUCAUAUUAUCAGAAAGUUAACUCCAUAGCCAUGCCGCUGCCUACGCAUCUGGAGACAGAUUCAGCAGAGCCGAGUCCCACGCAAGCUUUUGGGCCGCGUGUUGUGGGCAGCCAUGAUGAGGAUAUACCUGGUACCGCAAUGCGGCGUACGCUGGGCUUAAACCUGAGCCCAACACUGGGCGGACGCAAGUCCAGUCAGGCCGAGGAGUCUGUCCAACAGCCCUAUGAAAUAGUCGAGUCCUCGCACUCGAAUGUGCUGACCGAUCAGUUUAGCUACAGGCAAUUGUUACCCACAGAACGCAAGACAUCUACCGGGGAGAGCAGCAUUACCGGCAGCUAUCGGAGCAGUCGCAAGGCCAGCAAGAGCAACAGUUUGGCGGGCGAUGGCAGUGAGGAGCGCCGCAUAAGCAAGCAGGAUCGGGAGGGACUCGAUCCGGAGUCCCUGAUGUUUCGCGACGGGCGACGCAAGGUGGACAUGGUGCUGGCCUGGGAAGAGGAGGAUCUGGGCGUUAUGACGGAAGCGGAAGCACGACGGCGCGAUAUCAGGCGCAGUUUUAUUGAAAAUCUUGUUAAAGAGGGCCUCGAAGUGGAGCUGGAGGACAAGUCACAAUCGUUCAAUGAAAAAACAUUUUUCCUCAAGAUUCAUCUGCCUUGGCGUCUGGAAACUCGUCUGGCCGAGGUCAUGAAUCUAAAGCUACCCAUUAAACGAUUCAUAACCAUUUCCGUUAAGCCAUCUUGGGAUGAGGAGAACGUAGUCAUGCGGAAUGUGCAGUACUGGAAAGAUGUGUGGCAACGCUUAACCAAAAAGAUACAGCUUGAUCACAGCCUGCUGGAGGGCGAGACAACUUUUAAAGCAGCAACGUCUAAUGGCAAUCCAGAGGAGCAGUUCAUUGUUAAGGAUCGUGCCACGGCGUACACGAGUGCCCAGCGCUCGCUUAUGGUGAUGCAAGUGCUAAUACGCACACCCUACGACGAGACCGAUCGGAGUGGCAUACGACGACUGCUCAAUGAUGGCACCUAUCUGGGCUGUUUUCCAUUGCACGAGGGUCGCUACGAUCGACCGCAUUCGAGUGGCAUUUCGUUGGAUCGCCGUGUACUGUAUCAGACCUGGGCGCAUCCUUCGCAGUGGUACAAGAAGCAACCGCUGUGCCUGGUGCGCAAGUACUUCGGGGACAAAAUCGCACUCUAUUUCAGUUGGUUGGGCUUCUAUACCGAAAUGCUGGUCUAUCCGGCCGUUGUGGGCACUCUUUGCUUUAUAUAUGGACUGGCCACACUGGAGUCGGAGGAUAAUACGCCCAGCAAGGAGAUCUGCAAUGAGUACGGCACCGGCAACAUAACCCUAUGCCCGCUCUGUGAUAAGGCCUGCAGCUACCAAAGACUAUCCGAAUCAUGCCUGUUCUCACGACUGACAUACCUCUUUGACAAUCCAUCUACGGUAUUUUUCGCAAUCUUCAUGUCCUUUUGGGCUACCACCUUCCUGGAGCUUUGGAAACGCAAGCAAUCGGUGUUAGUGUGGGAAUGGGACCUUCAUAAUGUGGAAAUGGAUGAGGAGAAUCGGCCUGAGUUUGAGACGAAUGCGACCACAUUUCGAAUGAAUCCAGUGACACGAGAAAAGGAACCCUAUAUGUCCACAUGGAGUCGUGCCAUUCGAUUUGUCAUAACCGGAAGCGCGGUGCUCUUCAUGAUCGCCGUUGUGCUCUCUGCCGUGCUGGGCACCAUCAUCUACCGCAUAUCAUUGGUCUCGGUCAUCUAUGGCGGUGGCGGCUUCUUUGUGAAGGAGCAUGCCAAACUGUUCACCACAGUGACAGCGGCUUUGAUCAAUUUGGUGGUCAUCAUGAUAUUAACACGUAUCUAUCAUCGUAUGGCAAUUAAGUUAACAAAUCUGGAGAAUCCACGCACUCAUACCGAAUACGAGGAUUCGUAUACGUUCAAGAUAUUCUUCUUUGAGUUUAUGAACUUUUACUCGUCGCUCAUCUACAUAGCCUUCUUCAAGGGUCGCUUCUUUGACUAUCCCGGCGAUGAUCAGGCGCGACGCAGUGAGUUCUUUCGCCUCAAAAAUGAUAUAUGCGAUCCGGCGGGUUGCCUCUCCGAGCUAUGCAUACAAUUGGCUAUCAUUAUGGUGGGCAAACAGUGCUGGAAUAACUUUAUGGAGUAUCUGUUUCCCAAGUUCUGGAACUGGUGGCGCCAGCGAAAGCACAAACAGGCCACAAAAGACGAGUCGCAUUUGCACAUGGCUUGGGAACAGGACUAUCAUAUGCAGGAUCCGGGUCGCUUGGCACUCUUUGACGAGUACCUAGAAAUGAUACUCCAGUAUGGAUUUGUCACAUUGUUUGUGGCCGCAUUCCCGCUGGCUCCGCUUUUUGCGUUGCUCAACAAUGUUGCCGAAAUUCGUUUGGAUGCCUACAAGAUGGUCACACAGGCCAGGCGCCCCUUGGCGGAGCGUGUAGAGGAUAUUGGUGCGUGGUAUGGCAUAUUGCGCAUUAUUACCUAUACGGCCGUCGUGUCCAAUGCUUUUGUGAUCGCCUACACAAGCGAUUUUAUUCCGCGCGUCGUUUAUAAGUUCGUCUACUCGGAGUCCCACACUUUGGCUGGCUAUAUAGAGCACUCCCUGUCCAUAUUCAAUACAUCUGACUACAAGGAGGAAUGGGGCGCCACAAGCAGCGAAAAAGAUCCCGACACCUGCAAAUAUCGAGGCUAUCGCAAUGGCCCCAAGGACUAUGAGCCGUAUGGGCUUAGUCCGCAUUAUUGGCAUGUAUUUGCCGCACGCUUGGCGUUCGUCGUGGUGUUUGAGCAUGUGGUUUUUGUCCUAACCGGCAUCAUGCAGUUCAUCAUACCCGAUGUACCGUCGGAGGUGAAGACACAAAUGCAGCGCGAGCAGUUGCUUGCCAAGGAGGCCAAAUACCAGCACGGCAUCAAGCGAGCGCAGGGAGACAAUCAAGACAUAAUGAGCCUGUUCCGAGACGCUACCAGCCGCAGCUCCAUAGCUGGUGGCCAAAUGAACGCGCGCGGCAGCUGGGCACGCCGUUUCAGUCGCUUAAGCGAUGGCCUGGACGCCCAUGUGGAGGUCGCUGCACGUCCGCGUCGUUCGGUGGAGUCCACCGUAUGGGAGGUAUCCUGACACGAGGAGGAGGCCGAGUGCGAAACCCCAAGUCAAGCUAAAGGAUGAGACCGGCAGCAUAUGCCAUAAUCUCGAUCUCAGCUCUGUAAUACCAAUGCCUUAUGUCGUGUUAUUUCAUACUCAUUUUUUCAUCAUUUGUGUUUUGUGUAAAUAACUUUCGUUUUGAAUGUAUUAUAUAUAAAUAAA